UAUUCCUUUGAUAACCGCGAGGCACUUAAUUGCCUGCCUUAUUUCCAACCAUUGGUUCUCGAUAGCGGUUGGGCCGUGAUGUAGCUGGUUGGUCGUUUGACGUGUGACACGCAUACAAAGGCCAAACAGCGCCUCAUUAUGGGUCUUGCUAAGUCUAAAUACUCCUCUCUCCAUCACUUUCGUUCUUACGGCGACCUUAACAUAGUCACCGCCGCGAUUGAAGCUGACCCUUACCAGCCUGGUGCUGCAAUACGAGCCCCGCUUUUCAGAAUAUUCCCAGGAUGACCACGACAGAGGCUUGCAGGGGACUCCGCCGGAUCGUCCCAGUCGACGACGCUCCCGACGACGCGACGAUCGAUAUUAUCGCAAUCCACGGAUUGGGCACCGAGUCGCCGCGGACAUGGGAGUUUAAGAAAAGAAAUGGGGAUGGGGUUGUGAACUGGCUGUCGGACGCCGACAUGCUGCCGGCAGCCCUGCCAAAGGCCCGCAUAUAUACGUACGACUGGAAUGCAAACUACUUCGCAAAUGCACCCGUGCAGACGCUGCUCGGCCAUGCCGAUACGCUACUCGGUCUUAUCGCCGAAGGCCGUGGUUCACAAACGCGACCGAUUAUCUUCGUCGCCUCUUGUUUUGGAGGGCUUAUUCUGGCCGAGGCAAUCAUCCGAGCCGCCCAGGAAGGCAGCGCCUAUAAACAUAUCCUGCUUUCCACUGUCGGCAUCGUGUUUCUCGCCACUCCAUUCCAGGGUAGUGAUGCUGCGAAGCAGGCUCGGUGGCAGGUGCUGGUUAAAGGCAUUAUGGGAGAGCAGGCCUCUGACCAACUCAUAAAAGACCUCGAGCAGAGCCAUGACUUCGUCCACCAGCGCGUUCAGAAGUUCGCCGAGAUCGCUAAUGCUAAGGCAGUGCAACUGCCCCUGAGUUGCUUUUUCGAGACUAGGAAGACGGAGAUGUUAAGACGCAUUCUAUCGCCGGGGUGGGCGAAGCGCCUGUCAAGGAGUGUUACCCGCAAGAUUCUUGUGACGGAGUCUUCGGCCUGCCUACAUGGUUUCCCUCGCCAAGGCUUGGAUGCGACCCAUUCAGGGAUGAACAAAUUCCAAGGUCCAGAAUGUCCCAACUUUAAAUUAGUUAAAGAUGCGGUCAGGAAACUCGCUGGAGACGCAUCGGUUGUUUUAAAACUGCGGAAGAACUCUACCGUGAAGGGACACUGGAUCGUCCGGUUCGGACGUAAUAAGGAAUUCGUCGGGCGUGAAUCAAUUCUCGAAGAUCUUUUUAAGAGGGUUCUUCCUAGUGGAGACGAAGAUGACUGCCAACGGACCGCCAUCGAAGGUCUGGGGGGGGUUGGAAAGACACAGAUCGCGCUGGAGACCGCUUAUCGCAUUCGCGACGUGCAGCCGGAAUGCUCGGUCUUUUGGGUUCCCGCUGUGGAUGCCACCGCUUUCGAGAAUGCAUACCGCGCUAUCGGCCAGCAGCUUAAGGUACCGGGAAUCGACGAAGAAAAAGCAGAUGUUAAGGCACUUAUUAAGUCCGUAUUGGGCCGCGAGAGUAUGGGUAACUGGCUUUUGAUCAUCGACAACGCCGACGAUGAAAAGCUACUCUUUGGGGAUACCGCCCUUACCGACUAUCUUCCAUUCAGCCGGAAAGGAUCUAUUCUUUUCACAACCCGAAACCACAAACUUGGAUUAAGGCUGGUCGAGUCUGAAAAUCAUAUUAUCGCAGUUGAAGAAAUGAGCAGAGACGAGGCCCUUAAGCUAUUAGGGAAAAACCUGAAAGGUUCUCAGAUGAGCGACACAAGAAGCAACAAUGCGUUGCUAGAGUUUCUUACUAACCUCCCUCUGGCAAUACGGCAAGCGUCUGCUUAUAUGGCCAAGGAGCAGAUCUCGACUGCGCGGUACCUCAAGCUGUGCAAGUCCAGUGAUGAGGAUAUGGUUAAGUUGUUGAGUAGUCACUUUGACGACCGACACCGAUAUAAGAACAUUCAAAAUGCUGUCGCCACAACUUGGCUGAUUUCGUUCCAGCAAAUCUCAGAUCACGACGCGCUGGCGGCUGACUACCUCAGAUUUCUGUGCUUUCUAGCCGGGAAGGAUAUUCCGCACUCCCUGUUGCCGCCGGCGGGGACGCUAGAGACUGUUGAAGCAAUCGGGACCCUGAAGGCGUAUGCAUUUAUCUCCCAACAGAAUGAGUCGGAUAGCUACGAUAUCCAUCGGCUAGUUCAGAUAUCGAUGCUGAGCUGGUUAGAUGGAAAGGGAGAGCGACAGGAAUGGACGGCCAAAGUGUUAGAACGGCUUGACGAUGUAUUUCCUUGGCCUAAACACGAAAACCGAGAAGAGUGGAUAAGGUAUCUUCCUCAUACGCAACAUGCUCUUCAACUACGGAAGAGAACAGAUGACGAGGAAGCGACAACAGGUCUUCUUUCCAAAGUGGGUGAGAGCUUUCGCAAUUUAGGGAAGUAUCAGGAGGCAGAGCAGAUGUAUCGGCAGGCGCUGCAGCUAAGGGAGAAGGUGUUGGGCAAGGAGCAUCCUGACACGCUCACCAGCAUGAACAACCUUGCGCUUGUGCUUGAUAGCCAGGGGAAGUAUGAGGAGGCUGAGCAGAUACAUCGGCAGGCGCUGCAGCUAUCUGAGAAGGUGUUGGGCAAGGAGCAUCCUGACACGCUCACCAGCAUGAACAACCUUGCGCUUGUGCUUCGUAGCCAGGGGAAGUAUGAGGAGGCUGAGCAGAUACAUCGGCAGGAGUUCCAGCUAAGGGAGAAGGUGUUGGGCAAGGAGCAUCCCUCCACUCUCACCAGCAUGAACAACCUUGCGUUUGUGCUUCGUAGCCAGGGGAAGUAUGAGGAGGCUGAGCAGAUGCAUCGGCAGGCGCUGCAGCUAUGGAAGAAGGUGUUGGGCAAGGAGCAUCCUUCCACGCUCACCAGCAUGAACAACCUUGCGGGUAUGCUUAAUAGCCAGGGGAAGUAUGAGGAGGCUGAGCAGAUGCAUCGGCAAACGCUGCAGCUAAGGGAGAAGGUGUUGGGCAAGGAGCAUCCUGACAUGCUUGCUAGCAUGAACAACCUUGCGAGUGUGCUUAAUAGCCAGGGGAAGUAUGAGGAGGCUGAGCAGAUGCAUCGGCAGGCGCUGCAGCUAUGGGAGAAGGUGUUGGGCAAGGAGCAUCCUGACAUGCUCACCAGCAUGAACAACCUUGCGCUUGUGCUUGAUAGCCAGGGGAAGUAUGAGGAGGCUGAGCAGAUGCAUCGGCAGGCGCUGCAGCUAUCUGAGAAGGUGUUGGGCAAGGAGCAUCCCUCCACGCUCACCAGCAUGAACAACCUUGCGCUUGUGCUUCGUAGCCAGGGGAAGUAUGAGGAGGCAGAGCAGAUACAUCGGCAGGCGUUGCAGCUAAAGGAGAAGGUGUUGGGCAAGGAGCAUCCCUCCACGCUCACCAGCAUGAACAACCUUGCGGGUGUGCUUGAUAGCCAGGGGAAGUAUGAGGAGGCUGAGCAGAUACAUCGGCAGGCGUUGCAGCUAAAGGAGAAGGUGUUGGGCAAGGAGCAUCCUGACACGCCCACCAGCAUGAACAACCUUGCGAGUGUGCUUCGUAGCCAGGGGAAGUAUAAGGAGGCUGAGCAGAUGCAUCGGCAGGCGCUGCAGCUAAGGGAGAAGGUGUUGGGCAAGGAGCAUCCCUCCACGCUCACCAGCAUGAACAACCUUGCGUUUGUGCUUGAUAGCCAGGGGAAGUAUGAGGAGGCUGAGCAGAUACAUCGGCAGGCGCUGCAGCUAUGGGAGAAGGUGUUGGGCAAGGAGCAUCCCUCCACGCUCACCAGCAUGAACAACCUUGCGAGUGUGCUUGAUAACCAGGGGAAGUAUGAGGAGGCUAAGCAGAUACAUCGGCAGGCGCUGCAGCUAAGGGAGAAGGUGUUGGAGAUCAGAUGA